AUGGAGGACAAAAAAGAGCAUCAGGUCGAUGGAAAGAGACAGAUGGUAAUUGAUAUUGAAAUUCGAUAUUCCGCAGUAAUUGAUGUCGAUUGCAAUGCCAUUUUUGCUAUCGGAAAUUUAAGCACGAAGUCUCACUGGAUUGCCACAUACGAUCCGAGUGCGGAAGUUUAUUUCACUGCCAAGGAUGCGAAUUUACAUCUCAGAAACUUAACAUUUGAUCUGCAGAAUAUUGAUUUCCUGAGGAAAAGUUCAUUAGCAUCGUCAUUAACAUCACCAUCAUCAUCGUCAUCAUCAUCAUCAUCGGCCUUUGUCUGUCCACUCUGUGGAAAAAGUUAUGCCUGGAAGGUUUCCCUAUCGCGUCAUCUUCGUGAAGAAUGUGGAUUGCCACCAAGAAAUAUUUGUUUCUGCGGAAAACGAUUUAAGCAAAGAAGAAACAGGAGAGUCGUCUUCACGUCAAGAUUACGAAAUUACAAAAAAAAAUUCCCUUGUCAUCAAUGUGGAAGAUUUUAUGCAAGGAAGGACACACUCGGUCGACAUCUUCGUUACGAAUGUCAUCGAACACCACAAUAUUCGUGUUUAAUUUGUAAAAAGCAAUUCAAGCAAAAAUCCAACUAUCGAAGACAUGCGAUCAACAUUCAUGGAGUCAAUUUUUGA